AGCCUCACUUUCCCCAACAAAAUAAAUCUCACCGCUCCCUGUGAGCGUCUCCAACGCAUGCUCUUCCCCCGAUUAACAACCUGGCCAGCGUGUUCUUGGCUGCUCGCUGCCGACCUCAAUUUAGAACUGUCUGCUGUUCGGCUGCUGGAGAAGGAAGGAGGGCAGUCGGUGAUCCACACUGGCCCCCCCAUUGUGGUCUCUCUGGCCAACACGGCUGUUUCCUUCAGCUGCAGAAUCACCUACCCGUACGCCCCACAAUUCAAGGAGGUCAGAGUCAGCUACUUUUAUGUGGACCUGCAGGGCCAGAGCAGCUCUGAGGAGCAGACUGGCUGCUGGCUCAGCCCAGGCAAGGAGAACCAGACGUCUACCACGAAGUGCCAGGUCACCCCCAAGCUGCCCAACGCCUCAGCCACCGGCACCUACUACUGCUCCAUCCUCUGGGCGGGCUCCAGGGUGAGCGGCACUGGAACCUUCAUCCUGGUCAGAGACACAGGGUACCAGGAGCCCCCGCAGGACCCCCAGAAGCUCCUGCUCUUUUGCUUCACCGGCCUCCUGAUUGUGCUGAGCGUCGUCGGCACGGCUCUACUGCUCUGGAAGAAGAAACAGAUGCAGGCUCGGCGGAAGCACCCCGCCAAGAAGUGCCCGGCUCCCAGCGCUGCCAGCAGCCGGGAGCAGCCUGCGCCUGAAUCCGUCUACACGGCCCUGCAGCGCCGAGAGACCGAAGUCUACUCCUGCAUCGAGAGUGAGGCCAGCAGCCCGCCUUCCACCCAGAGGCUCCUCUCCCAGGAGAAACUGCACGGAUUUAAGGAUGACAGUGAAUUUAACAUGGUCUAUGAAAAUCUCUAGGACGAGCUCCCCCUGCCCACAUCAGAGGCCCCAGGGGCAGCCACCCCCCCCACAGAGGACUUGCUCUGUACCAGGAGUGAGGCCCCAGGGGCACCCCAUCACCUCACCCCCACAUUCAAGGCCCUCUCUGCCCUGGUCUGCCUCCACCUCCCCUUCUGCUCCCCAGCCAUCCCCACUGAGUGUUCCACAUCUCCAGGCCUUUGCCCAAGCUGUUCCCUCUGCCUGGCAGGCCCUUCCUCAGUCUUCAAGGGCUCUCUUGGACACCACCCAUUCCCCACCACACAUCCUCACCGUCUCGAGACCUGAAGGCUCUGUUCACGCCAGCCUGCACCACGGCCUGCAAGGCCGACUGUGGGCUCCUCGGGAGGGACCUGGCCAGGGACACUUGUCAGAGCUGUGUGCAGAGCGUGGUGGGCCGGGUGAAUAAAGGAUCAACCAUGCAGACGC